AUGUCCCUAGUGGCUGAUCAAGUACGGAGGUUGGACGCGCAACUAGACCGCAUCCCUUUUAGCCACUUGACGAGCUAUGACGCCACCCAAGCCUCGAUAGACUUGGAUAGUCCUCGUGCGAAAGAACUAUUGAGGAUCAUCAAAGCCCUAUCGGCAACCUCGGGAUCGCAAAGUGCACCCCCCGCACGGUAUAUCCAGUCUCUCCUAUCUCAGUCGGAGUUACUAUCGGACCAUACUGAGGAGAUAUCGGCAAAUCAGUACGAGGCUGAGCUCGAGUGGAGAUUGGUUAGCAAGGCAACUGUGCAAACAUACGGUAUCAUUUUGGAUACGCUGUUAGAUCAGAUCAUUCCCCUGAGUGACCAUAUCUGGUACUGGGAUGAUGUGCUGUCGUCUCCGACGAAUAGCAGUAUAUACCUGGUGCAAACUUCCCCUAUACGAGUCUGGGCUUGGACCAGGGAAAUCUACAAAGACAGCAAGACUAGAUUUCAACAGUACACUAGCGGUGGCACAUCAGUGGCUGGUUUGGUGAGUGAAUCUAAUGUAGAGUCGAUCCAGGCUGGAGCAGCUCAACGAUGGAGCAAAUUCUACAAUAUCGUGCGGGAGACCAUACACGAAAGGUCGCUCGCCAAUGUGCAGAGGAAGAUAUUAUCUCCCGUUGCUUUUUGUCGAUCUGAGGCCCGUAAGAAGCAAGCUAAGCUGAAAAGGCUCAGAGAAAUGACUUCGAGUGGCCUGGGUGUUUUAAUCGACGAAGGUCUCGUCUUCAACGGCAACGGAAGUGAUGAUGGUAAGAGUGAUAUGAUACUCUCAGCCAAUCAAGAAUGGAAAGGCGUCGUGGAGCGAAGUGUUGCUCUAAUGGACAUGGUCCUCAAGGACGUCCUAACAUUGGAUGUCAGAGUUGCCGAUUUUGAAGAUAGAGUCUUUGCUGGCGUUGAAGAGGAUCCUGAGCUGUCAAUCCUGGCUGAUGAAGACGAAACACAUCGCCCGGCCGUAGUGGCUAAAAGGCUUCAGGACUUACUGACAGCUCAAUUACCGCAACACCUUGGAGAAGCGGAAAAACUACUAACAGAGAAUGGACGACCGUCAAGAUUUGUGAGAUACUGGCUUCCUGCCACUGUGCUUCUUCUCUCUUCGUCCACGAUUCUCCGCAUCUUGGUCAAUAGAAAGCAGGAGAUUCUGCAGUGGGUCAGUGACUUUGGUGUGACUGUUCGUGACUUCUGGUUCAACUGGGUUAUCGACCCUGUUCGAAAGGUUGUUGGCACUAUCCGCCACGACGACAAUAGCGAGAUUGCUAUCAUGAGUCGGGAUAGUCUGAAGGCGGACAGGGAAAGCUUAGAGCGUAUGGUUGUCGAAUUUGCUCUCGAUAAGCCGAAUAUCGCAACCGGCGCCUCGUCAAUAUCAGAGUCACAGGUUGCCGAAAUCAGAGCCAAGGUCCGGGAGGGAGAUGUGACACCGAUUCUUCGCGCGUACGAAAAAGACCUACGCAGCCCCUUUAUGGGCACCGUGCGAGGUGACUUGGUCCGAACGUUGCUCAUUCAGGUUCAAAAGACAAAGGUUGACAUCGAAGUCGCCAUGAGCGGCAUUGAUGCCCUUCUGAAAAGCCAGGAACUUGUCUUUGGCUUCGUAGGUCUAACACCUGGUAUUCUCGUGUCCAUUGGAGUGAUGCAAUACCUCCGUGGUGUAUUCGGAGGCAGAAAAGGCUUCCGAGAGCACCGGAGAGCCGGCAAAUGCGUCCGAGUUCUACGCAAUAUUGACCGCAUCUUAUCCGAAGCCACGCCGUCGCCCAACAACCUCAUAUCCUACAAGGAUCACGGUCUCCUCGUAUGUGAGGUUCACGUCCUUCGACAACUUGCACAUAACCUCCUCCCAGCCGACAUUGAGAAAGAUUUCUUGGAAGACCUAGAUGACCUUGCUAAUCUCAAGGGCAUCCAAUCACAGCUGCGAGCUUUGGAUAGAAUACGUUGGGCAUAUUCUAAGUGGUUGAAAUAA